AUGAUGCAGAACGGUGGGCGGCUGGGCAUGAUGCAGCCGCCUGUGAUUCUUUUGAAAGAAGGCACAGACAUGUCGCAGGGCAAAGGGCAGUUGCUCUCGAAUAUCGGAGCGUGUCUGUCAGUUGUGUCGUGCGUAGCAUCGACGCUGGGACCGCGUGGCAUGGACAAGAUGAUUGUGAAUGAGCGUGGCGAAGCGACGAUCUCGAAUGAUGGUGCUACGAUUCUCAAGUUGCUCGAUAUUGUGCACCCUGCCGCACGUACGCUUGUCGACAUUGCACGUGCGCAGGAUGCCGAAGUGGGUGAUGGCACCACGUCGGUGGUACUGCUGACGGGCGAGAUCCUGAAACAGUGCCGGCCGCUCAUCGAGGAAGGUGUGAGCCCGCAUGUCGUUGCUAAGGGAAUUAUGACUGCGUCGCAGCUUUGUGUUGAGGAAACGAAGAAGUUGGCGGUGCGGAUUGACAAGACGAACGAAGAUGAGUUUUAUGGACUUUUGCUCAAGUGUGCCGGAACGGCGAUGUCGUCGAAGCUCAUUGUGUCACAGCGGCCCUUUUUUGCGCAGAUGGCUGUGGAUGCGGUGCUGUCGCUGGACCGUGAUGACUUGAACGACAAGCUGAUUGGCAUCAAGCAAGUGCCGGGAGGUGCCAUGCAAGACUCGAGGUUGAUCCGUGGUGUCGCGUUCAAAAAGACCUUCUCGUACGCAGGCUUUGAACAGCAGCCGAAGAAAUUCGUGCAGCCCAAGAUCCUGUGUCUGAAUGUGGAACUGGAGCUCAAAGCGGAGAAGGACAAUGCGGGAAGCCGUGUGCCCAAAGAAGACAUGCAGCGUGUGGUGGAGGCUGUGGGUGGCUCGAUCCAGUCGACUGUGUCGGACAUUGAUCCAGCACGUCACCUUGGCACGUGUGGUCUGUUUGAAGAGUGCCAGAUUGGUGGCGAGCGAUUCAAUAUCUUUACUGAAUGCACGGGAGCAAGGACAGCGACGGUGAUUCUGCGUGGUGGUGCUGAGCAGAUGAUCGCCGAGAUUGAGCGGAGUCUGCACGAUGCUAUCAUGAUUGUGAAACGAGCGAUCAAGAACAAUGAGGUCGUCGCUGGCGGCGGCGCCAUUGAGAUGGAACUGUCAAAGAUCCUCCGUGGACAUGCACGCACGAUCCACGGCAAGCAGCAAAUGAUCCUGUCUGCGUAUGCAAAAGCGUUGGAAAUUGUGCCACGCCAGCUGGCUGACAAUGCAGGGUUCGACGCGACAGACCUACUAAAUCAAUUACGCAUGCAGCACGCAAAGGGACAUACGUGGGAUGGCGUUGACAUUUCGACCGAGGGCAUCUCGAAUAACAUGGACAAGUUUGUGUGGGAGCCAGCGCUUAUCAAGAUCAAUGCAUUGGCAAGUUCUGCCGAGGCUGCUCGCUUGAUCCUGAGUGUGGAUGAGACCAUCCGUGCACAACAGAAUGCGCCACCGCCAGGUGCUGGUGGGCCGCCCAUGCCGCCGGGCACUGCGCAGCGUGCUCUCCGUGCAGGAGGGCGUGGAGGCAUACCUCGUCGCUAA